AUGGUAUUUCGUAGAGAUGUUAAGUACCAGAUUGCUAAAAGAAUUCUGAAAAAUGUCCCAAAUGAUCACUUUCUUCCGCCGUCUUAUCAGCUAGACCUACUAGAUGCUGCCUACGAAAGAAAUACAAUAAUAUGCUCAUCAAAUGAACUAAAUAAAAUGUUUUUCGUCGUUAAUCUAAUCCGCGAAAUGCGCUUCGACAAUCCGGGCAAGCAGAUAAUUUACUUCACCGAUGACACUAAAAUGAAUUCAGUAGACAACUUUUUAACCCACCAUACUGGAUUGUCUUGUUAUAUUUUCAAAUACGAUGAACAAAACAACGUAAAGAAAGAUUUCAUGGAUUGUUUAACUUCUGUUGUACGAAAAUAUGAUAUUAUCCUAUUGUCACCUUGGCUGAUUCCAGUCAUCGUAAUGCUGUCCUCAGUUAAUUUUUUCACAAAGCUUAUUCACCAGUAUUUUUACCUCCUGGUAGUCGAUGAAUGUCAUAUGGUUUUAGAUUCAAAUCAUCCAUUAUCAAUAGUGUUUGGACCAAAUGGUCCAAUGCUUCAAAACACAGAAGACUUUGGACCAACGGCUACUAGACAAAACAUGAGUGAAUUUAAUGUGUCAGUAACCGGAAAAGUCAGAAUCUUAUGCUUUACAUCGGCCUUAUUGCCUAGAGAAAUAACAGAUCCAGAAAAGGCACGAUUACGCUUGCAAACACUUGAAAAAAGAACUAGUUGUCGACUUGAAACUGCUUCAGAGUUAUUAACUAUGCUUUCACUAGGUGCGAGACCCCAAGAACGUGUUAUAUUGUGUUCCAAAUCGUCCUCAAUUGCUACAAUACCUUUCCAUCAGUUUAUGUUAGGAGUUUUUCGAGAGAUUAAAGAAUUCAUCAUCGAUAUAGAAUCCAAUCUACCUUGUACAAAAAGUUCAUCAAUAGGUGAUUCUACAUCAGUGGUCAUUAAUUCUGGAGGUUUUCGUAUUUGCGUACUUGACUAUUGUAAACGUGCUAUAUCACAAUGUGAAGAAAUAUUAAAUGAAUUAGGCUUAUGGUGUGCUGCACAAAUUGUUCGUGUAUUUGCUAAACACUUAAUUGCAUUAGACCGACAGCGUAGUGAAAUUCUUAAAAACUGUGAACUGGUGAAUAAUGAUGAAAAAGAAAAAGGAGAGAAAGAACCAAAUUCAUCUACUUCUUGUAAAUCAUCAUAUAAAGCAGACAUACUUAAAGAUAAUGAAUAUUCAAUUACCAUACCUAAAAUAAAUGAUAAUGAAGAUCGUAUAUCUUAUCUUUUACGUCUUACUGUAACACAGAUGUGUUUUCUUAGUCGUUUAUUUCAAAUGGAAUUCGACUCGAUAUUAACGUUGGAAGAAUUUCAACGUAUGAUAUCGCCUAAAGUAUUAAACCUUAUUGAACAAUUAAAAUUGUACAAACCAAGUAUGAAUUUUCGUAUAGAAGUAGCUGAAUUGCCUACUGCUAAAAAUCCACCAAUAAUUACAACAAACAAUAAGAAAUACCGAAAGGGUGGGAGUCGACAACGUAAUAGUCGUUGUCAAACAUCUAAAAUAUCAAAUUCUUCACUAUCGUCGAUGGGUUUCAUCUCAUGUGAUGUAGAUUCCUUGUCUGAUAGUAUGUCGGAUACAAUGAGUAGUUUAUCAGACGAUGAUGAUGAUACACGAAGUGUUCGUAGUUUAAAUUCUACAAAAUCUCGGCUUUCUACGCAAUCCAUGAAAAAUUUAAAUUUCUCAUCCAAAAGUCGUAAACGUAAAAAUAGAUCGAACUCUUUAAUUAAUUCGUUCAAUUUACACGAUCUUCAUUUUGUUCCCGCAUCUACAUUAAACAAUGGCGGUAUUAGACCAGAUGUUGAUCCUUCCACAUUAGUUUAUCGUGCUGUUUUGAAUACUGAUAAUCGACAUAAUAAAAAUCAUAAUCGUUCCGGAUUUAUAGGCCAAGAAUCAUCUGACAUGACUGCUUCUACAAACAAUAAUAACGAUGUCUCAUUUAAUCGUCUCUGUGGUUUAAUAUUAGUUCCAUGUCAAUUCUCAGCUUAUGCAUUAUCUCGUUUGAUUGAUGAAUUAUGUAUUUGGGAUGUUGAUUUGUAUUUUAUUAAAAUUGGUCAUUUAUUCUGUCGUCAAACUUUAUUAAAAGAGGAUAAUGAUCUGUCAACAACAACAAAUCAAACAUUGAAUAAAACGAAACAUGGUACAAAUUUCAAUUCAUAUAAAACACUUGUAAAAUUUAGUAAUGAACCUGUGAAUAAUAAUGAUUCUUCAACCAAUAAUAAUAAUAGUAAUUGUCGUAAUCCAUUCUCUGUUAAUCAAGAAGAAACAAUAACUAAUUUUCGUCGUGGUGCUAUCAAUUUACUAGUAGCUACUCAGGCAGCAAUUUCAACUGUUACCACCAGUGGUACUGAAUUGCCACGUUGUAAUUUAGUUAUUGCAUUACGUUUACCAAAUAGUUUGGCUGAAUACUUGUCCAGUAAAGCCAGAUCAAGAUUGGUUAAUUAUGGUGCAAAAGUCAUUUAUCUUAUGGAUCACGAUUCUAUUGAAAAAAUUAUUAAUAAUAAUAAUAAUAAUAAUAAUAAUAAUAAUAAUAAUAAUAAUAAUAAUAAUGUAAAUAAACAAUCAAAUUUGAAUGAUAAACAAAACAGGUCAAAACAGACAGAUGAUCGUUCUACCGUUGAUUCAAUGUAUAGUAAUCAUAUAAAUGAUCAAUUUUUGGGCAAUUUUCAACAACUUGAACAAUUGUUACUUCAACGAUGUAGAGGUUAUAAUGUCUUUGCAGAUGAACAUGCUAUUGAUCCGACGGUGGUCGACAAAAUUCUACCGCCAAUUUUUCCUCGUGGCCCAUGUGGUCCAAAAUUCUGCUUAUCCAAAGCAAUCAAUAUAAUCAAUCAAUACUGUGCUCGUCUUCCUAGUGAUUAUAUAACAAAUUUAACUCCAAAAUGGUAUUGGAAAAUAUUUCCUCAACCUCAAGGUUUCACUCCUUCAUCAACUGGUCCAGGAUCAACCUGUGGUUCACUUAAAGAUCUACAACCUGAUGGAACGUUUAAUUUAUAUCAAUGUGUUUUACGACUACCAAUCAAUAGUUCAGUAAAAGAGACAAUAGUUGGUGAACCAAUGGUGUGUAAGAAACUAGCCAAAUAUUCAGCUGCCUUCAAUGCUAUUCACCUUUUAUACUUAAGUGGUGAAAUGGAUUCUAAAUGGGAAUUAAUUAAUCGUGAAACUAAUCCUAUGCAUCAUUUAACAAGCGAAAAUUAUGGUAAUUUGAAAUUAUCUUCUCAACACUCUCCAAUGAAAUACAAAUCAUUCUCCUCUUUAAACGGUUCUGCUAAUAUAGGCAGUGAAUCAGAUUAUGGAGAUUAUGCAUCGUCAAUUGGUUGUUGUGAAUCAGCUGAUGAUGAAGGUGAAAUGAAGUCGAACAUACAGAAUACUGUCAAACGAAGACAAUAUUACUAUCGUAAAUUCCCUACUCAAAUGUCCAAUUGUUUACCUCAACCUAAUGAACCUUCGUCAAAUUAUCUUUAUUACAUUGAUAUGCAUUUGGUUAAGCCGUUUGCAGAACAACAAUAUUUACGCGGUCGUGUAUGUCAUCAUCCUGAAAAUGAACCGAUAGGCUUUGGUUUACUCACUACCAAACCAUUACAUCAUAUACCUAUAUUUCCAAUAUUUAGUAGAUCUGGUGAAGAGAAAAUUCGUUUUAUUGAAUUAUGGUCACCGAAAUCUAAUUAUCAAUUCAAUGAUCAAUAUUUACCUAUCCAAAGUCCUAUUUUAACGCAAGAACAAAUUGAUCGACUCAUUAAAUUUCAUCGUAUACUAUUCCAGGAAGUUCUACGUUUUGAAAAAGAUUCUGUUCUGGAGUUUAAUUUUCAUAAAGCCUAUUUACAGGUCCUUGUGGUACCUACUAGGCGAGAUACAUGUUCAAUUGAUUGGGGUUUUAUUAAUUUAGUGCUUACAUCAUCUUGUGAUAAAUCUGUAUGUCAUCUAUUACCACGUAGAAUGAAUGAAAUAUCUCAAGAAGAAUGGAAAGAACGCAUUGAUCAAAUUAAAUUACAAGCUGGUGUUGUUACUAGUAAUGGAUCAGGUAAAACAUUUAACACUAGCAACACCCAUCAUCAUCAUAAUCGAAAAGUUGGUGGUGACAGUGUUGCAUCAAUCUUAGUGAAUCGUUUACAAAAGUCAGGUAUUAUCGAGUCAAAUUCAGUUAAUAAUAAACCGGGUAUAUUUGAAUUUCGAAUGGAAGAAUUCGUCAACGCUGUGGUUACACCUGGUUAUCGAAAUUUAGAUCAACCACAAUAUUAUUAUGUAGCAAUAAUAAGGAAUGAUAUGAGUCCGCUAUCACCAUUUCCAUCGGAUAAGUUUCGUAAUUUCGCUGCAUACUAUAUUAACAAAUAUAAUGCUUUAAUUACAACAAAUAAUCAACCAUUGUUGGAUGUUGACUUGACAGUAUUGCGAUUAAAUUUAUUAAUACCACGUUAUAUGAAUAUAUAUGGAAAUAAUAAUACUAAUGCUAAUGAUAAUAAUGGUGAUAUUAAUAAUUCUAAAUCUAAUAAUGUUUAUACACACAAACAAUAUUAUCAACAACAAAAUCAUGAUGAUCAUCAGGGUGAAGAUCUUACAAACAAACAAUUAUUAGUUCCUGAAUUAUGUUUUCGGCAUUCAUUUCCUGCUUCAGUAUGGCGUAAAGCUGUAUGUAUCCCAAGUAUCUUAUAUCGUUUAGAACACUUAUUAUUAGCUGAAGAAUUACGUCACCGUAUUGCUUGUGAAACGAAUUUAGGAUGUGCAUACUUACCAGAAUGUAAUAAAAUCUUGAAAGAUGACUUUAUCAAUUUGUCUUCACAUUACAACAAGAAUGGUGAUGUUAAUGAUCCUGAUACUACUUCCUGUUUAUUUGAAUCAUUAAAUAUUCACCUGCCUAUUGCACCAGAUCAUGUUGUCGUAAAUAAUGAAUCGACCAGUAAAUCUAAUACUUAUAAUAACAAUAAUAAUGAGCGAAAACCUACGAGAACCAAUUCGAAAUUUCUGGGUAGUAGCAGUGGCAAAAGCCGUGGUGGUGGCCGGCGAAAACAAAAUUGUCGUAAUAUGAAAAGAGCUAAAAACCACAAUGUUAUCGGUACCACCACUAAGCUGAAAUCAACUGAAAAUGUUCCAAGUGAUCAAUCAGAUACAUGUGAAUUAAACAAGAAAAUGUCUACCAUUGAAUUGAAUGAAAAUAAUAAAAAGGAAUCAUCAUACCAUUCAGUGUCUAAUAGUCAUACUUCUACCGAUCGAAUAAACAAUGAACAAAAUAAUGUAAGCAUUUCAAGUGACAAUGACAAUGAUAAUAUUUGUGAUAAUGAAGAUCAUCGCAACUCUAUCGAUGCUGAAACCAAAGAAAAUCAUGAUAGCAGUAAUGACAAUCUCGUUGUUGUUAACGAGGAUGAUGGUGAUGAUGAUUUAUUAUCUGAAAAACCGACUAUUUUAAAACUUCAUGCUACUUCAGCAUCAAUGGUUCAUAACAAUAAACAUCAUCGUCAUCAAUCGUCAGCACAGAAAUCUACUACCACAGCGUUAUCAUCAUUACCAUACGAUCAUUUCAGUUUAUCAAACGGAAAUUUAGAAUCAUUAUUACAAGAAACAAAAGUUAUUGAGUUGAAUUCAAAUGAUGCUAAUCCAUCGAAUAACAGUGAGGACGAGGAUGAACUAAGAGUUGUUGAAAAUUAUAUUAAUAUGGAUAAAGAAUACUUGGUAACUGAUUCGGAUACAGAGAGUGUAGACAGCUUUGAAGGAAAUGUUCAUUUCUUUCCACCUGAAGAUGAUAAUGAUUUAAGUGAAUUCGAUAUUUCGAGACAAUUAGAUUCAGAAAAACCUUCAAACAACAUUCGUAAACGUGCUUAUCAACCUGGACCUACAACUAUUUUACAGGCUUUAACAAUGUCAUGUUCUAAUGAUUUCAUUAAUCUAGAACGUAUGGAAACGAUUGGUGAUAGUUUUUUGAAAUUUGUCGUCACGGUUCAUCUCUAUCUUACCUAUCCGGAAGCACAUGAAGGCAAAUUAAGUCAUUUACGUAGUCGAAUCGUUUGUAAUUCCAAUUUAUAUCGUUUAGGUAAGGCUAAAGAUUUACAAAAUCGAAUGAUUGGUUGUAAAUUUGAACCACAUGAAAAUUGGAUACCACCUGGAUAUUAUGUACGUCAAGAUAAACGUCUUAAUAAUGAAAUAAUUAAAAAAUCUGAAACUAAUCGUAACUUAGUAAUUUGGUCAACUGAUACUUUAAUGGAUGAUGAAGUUCUACGAAAUAUUGAUUUUAUUGAUGAAAAUAAAAUUAAACCUAUUGAAAAUUUUCCAAUUUCUGACUGGGAUCCAAAUGAUCCAAAAGUGUUACAUGCACAACAUUUAAAUAAUCAGUAUUUAAUUACUAUACAACAAGCUAUACCGGAUAAGUCGAUAGCAGAUUGUGUUGAAGCAUUGAUUGGUUGUUAUUUAACAACUCGUGGAGAACGCUCUGCUCUACGUUUAAUGCAAUGGUUUGGAAUCGAUUGUCUUCAUAAAUCAGAUAAUAGUCAACCAACUACUAGAGCUCCAUGGUCUUUACCAAAAUCCAACUACUUAGAUACCGAUGAAAAUAGAGCAAAUUUAAAUGAAGCACGUUUAGUUUGGAGAUUUGAUGAAUUGGAAUCUUCGUUAAAUUAUACUUUCAAGGAUCCUAGUCUAUUGAUUCAGGCUUUUACACAUCCAUCUUAUCAUCAACUACGUGUUUUAUCAACAACUAAUAAUUUAUCUGAUCAAUCCAACUUAAUGUUUUCAACUGAUUUAGAUUGUUAUCAACGUUUAGAAUUUUUAGGUGAUGCUGUAUUAGAUUAUGUAAUAACAAGAUUUCUAUAUGAAGAUUCUAAACAACAUUCACCUGGUGUAUUAACUGAUUUAAGAUCAGCUUUAGUAAAUAAUAAUAUAUUUGCUGCAUUAGCUGUACGAAUUGGUUUACAUAAAUAUUUUCGUGCUUCAUCACCACAAUUGUUGCAUACAAUCGAUGUAUUUGUACGUUAUCAAAAAGAUGUAGCUAAAGAUGAUCUAGAUUUUAUUACAAAUGAGGAAAUUGAAAUUCGACAACCUGAAUUAGUUGAUACAUUUACUGAAGAAACUAUAAAUAAUCUAACAAGUUCCAACUUAUCUUCUUCAAAUUCUUACCCCGUUACGAAAACAUCAAUGAUGGUGAAUAAUCAAAAUACGCCAUCUAUUAUCAGCAUUAGUAAACAACGUCAUUGUCAAACUCAUGUUCAUGGUGACGUUAGUGAAGAAGAAGGAGAAGUAAAAGAAAAAGACAAUGAUAAUGAUGACGAAGAAGACGAUUUGUAUAAUGAUGAUGAAGAAGAAAAACAUGCAUCAAUAUUAAAUCAUGCUAAAGAAUGUGAAUCUAAAUGGCAAGAAAAAGAUACUCAAGAAUUAACUGGUUUAUUUGUUCAAAAUUCUUCUGAAAAUCAAUCCUCAAAACCUCAACACCAAACAUACGAGCAACAUCUGUCGAAAUCAGGCAAAAGUAACAAUGCCAACAACACAAUUCCUACCAACACUGGUCACUUGACAACUAAUCGAUUAUCGGACGAUGUAGAAAUUCCUAAAGCUUUAAGUGAUAUAUUUGAAUCUUUAGCUGGUGCAAUAUUUCUUGAUUCAAAUUUCAGUCUGGAUACUGUUUGGCAAAUAUUCUAUCCCAUUAUGAAAGAACGUAUUGAACGAUAUACUGCUUGUAUCCCGAAAUCACCAGUUAGACAAUUAUUAGAACUGGAACCAGAAGGAACAAAAUUCGAGAGAGCUCGACGAAUGGUGGACGGAAGAAUUUCAGUUUGUGCCCAUGUAUUAGGUAAAGGUCGAUUUUAUGGUGUUGGACGAAAUUAUCGAUUGGCCAAAAGCUUAGCUGCUAAACGUGCUUUAAGAGUACUGCGUAGAUUAAAUCAGCCGUCUCAAAUUACACCAGUAACUGCUAAUGGAGACUACGAUCAGCAAUCAUGA